GUGUUGUUGGAUACUGGUCCAACUGGUCCUGUUUUGUCUGCUGUUUUUGUUGAUAGUUUUGAGGUCCCGAAGGUGAAACGAGACGUCCCGGCCCGGGUAUUUGGAUUUACGGGAGAGGUUAUGAAGGGCACGGGACACGCCUUUAUACAACCAUUAAUUAUAAUGUCAAAGGGGCAUCAAACGCAACUAUCAUUCGAGAUCGCCCCUCUUCUGUCUGGCAUCGAUGCAAUAUUACCAAACUGGUGGUUGAAAGAACAUAAGCCGGUUAUAGGGGCAAAUGGGGAAGUUUCCUACGAUGGCAGGAACUGCAAGAGUCGAUGCUUCACUGACAAGGAACCACAAAUAGAAAUGGACGAGGUGUAA